GUACUUCAUUUUAACAAAGCUGAAGGAGCCAUAAAUGUCAUCACGACCAUAAAAAUGCAAGUCUAUUCCAGGAUGGAAGAGCAUCUAUCGAAUCAAUAUGCCUGUUCCCAGAAGACAGAAAUUGGCAAACCGGGUAAUAUACAUACUGGGUUUAAAGCACUCAACUUUGAAAUCAACCAACCCACUAAAAAUUACCUGCUUACAAGUGUCAACCAGUUAUAUGGAGAAAAAACAUUGCCUUUCAGUAAGGAAUACUUACAGUUAGCCAAGAAAUACUACAAUGCAGAGCCAGAAUCAGUUGACUUUGUGGGAGCAGCAGAUGAAAGCAGAAAAGAGAUCAAUUCCAGGGUCAAACACCAGACUGAAGGUAAAAUCCAAAAUCUGCUGCCUCCUGGAUCCGUAGAUUCGCUCACCAGGCUAGUCCUGAUAAAUGUGCUCUACUUUAAAGGAAACUGGGCAAUGAAGUUCGAAGCUGACGCUACCAGGCAAAGGCCUUUCAGAAUAAACACGCAUACAACUAAACCAGUGCCAAUGAUGUACCUGAGUGAUAAAUUUAACUGGACCUACGUAGAAUCAGUCCAGACUGAUGUUCUUGAGCUUCCAUAUGUCAAUAAUGACUUCAGCAUGUUUAUCCUGCUACCAAGUGACAUCACCGGCCUACCAAAGCUGGAAAGGGAAUUGACUUUUGAAAACUUGUCUGCAUGGACCAGCCCAGAAUUAAUGGAGAAAAUUAAAAUGGAGGUUUAUCUGCCCAGGUUCACGUUAGAAGAGAAAUAUGACCUCAAAUCUACUUUGAGCAGGAUGGGGAUACAAGAUGCCUUCAGUGAAGGUCAAGCUGAUUUCACAGGAAUGUCGGAGAACAGCGAGCUGGUUUUGUCGCAAGUUUUUCACAAGUGUUAUCUGGAAGUCAAUGAAGAAGGCACAGAGGCAGCAGCUGCCAGUUCAGCAGCACUGGCAUCACGAAGUCUUGGUGCUACCAUUAUUUUUGUAGCAGAUCACCCUUUCGUCUUCUUUAUCAGGCACAACAAGACCAAGAGUAUCCUCUUCUUGGGAAGGUUCUCUUCCCCCUAG